GUGUCAUUUUGAUUCUUCUACCAGGUGUUCUGCCAUUCCUUAGCCCAGUGCCCUAAUUGGUGGGGUCUGAAAAAAGGAGAACAAAAAUUAGGAAAAGCAAAUUUUUUUGACAUUUUGUUAUUCUUUUGUGCUUGGGACAUGAAAUUUGAUGUUUUUUGAGUGAUACAUACAGUUUGAUGUUUUCACUGCGCGUUAUUUUUUCAUGAUAAUGAUAUAGACUACAAUAUGUCUUCUUCUGGCAACAAUGUCUCUCAAAUUUUGUUAAUUUCUAUUUUAUUUGUGAAGCUAAGUUGUACAUUUUGAUCCUUGUCUGUGAAUAUAUGCACUAAAGUAUUCCGGAGUUUGUUUGUAGCAGUUACAUAUCCUUGGGGACAAUAUAUGUAAGGAACGUUAGAACAAAUGUGCCAGGUAACAAAGAAAGGGCCAAGUGUACUUUAGCUCUGGUCUCAACGGCCAUACGCAGUGGUGGUUGAUUUUUACCAAAAGGAAACUAUUAAUUGCAAAUAGCAGCAACAUUUAAGACAAGGAACAAGUCUACUGAAUUAUCAAACACCAUAUUACAAGCAGCAAAGCAAUGGACCUGAGCACAAGCCCUACAAAACAAGCUCAGUUGAAGCAAGAACAGCCAAAGCAACAACAAACACCAAAAAGAUCAAAAACAAAAACACAAAAUUGUAUGUCAAUUGAAGAUUUGAAUGCAAGAAAAGCCGGAAACAUGUUUGAAGGUGAUGUUCUUGUAGUCUAUAAAGCAACACUAGACAAAGUGAACAAAACACGCGAGGUUUUACGUGCAGAUCUAACAGAUUUGAAGGCAGAAAUGACAAUUACAUUGAAUGUACCCAGUAAUCUUGUCCAACAAUAUGAAAACAAGAUUAUUCCAGGAUCAGGAAUAUCUAUAACAGGAUUUCAAAUCACUGCAAAAACAGACUAUGAUCGCGGAGAUUGCGAUUGUAUAUUGAUUUUAAAAGAAUCAUCUAUGGUGGAGACCAAACCAAGUAUUUGUAAGCAAUACAACUUCAUUCCGGGUACAACUAUCAAACAGUUACUCACAAGCACAAAUGAAUAUGCCACUGGAACAAUUGGUGCAUUGGUUGUUGCAACAAAGAAAAAAGUUUUUCAAUACAUGAUUGAAAUCAAAGAUGGCUUCAGCGACAUGGACAAGGCAACGCUGCUAUUACAUCCAAAUUUUGCACACCACUACUUAACAAUUGAAGAGAAACUCAAAAGAAAUGAAAUCCCAGCAAUGCUGUUUAGAAACAUUGUUAAAAGAACAGAUUUAAAAAACACACUUCGGACAGGUUUAUCAACAACUAUAUGCACAUUGAAUGAUAAAAGAACAAUUGACAGACUCAAUGCACUACUACAUACAACAUUUCAGGUUCAUGGGAUCUUAAAAGUAAUAAAUCCUUUUUCCAAUCCAUUUCAUGCAUAUUGCCCCAAAUGCAACUAUAAGUUCGACGACUAUGGAAUGCUUGAAGAAGAAACUACCCAUUGCACAAUAUGUCAUAAAGAUAUCAGUUACAAAUACUCUCUCCAUCUCAGCGCAACUAUCACACUUGACAACAAUGAAGCUAUCCAUUGUUCUAUUGAACAACCAAUAAUCCAACAACUUCUGCCUGCUCUUGAAAGCAUGACCUAUGAAGACUACAUCAAAGAUAAAUCAGCAAUAAUAUUUAUGCUAAGAGACUUUACAAUCACAGGUUCUUUCAGAUUGAACCAAAACAAUACCAUCACCGAAGCCAGACACAUUGAUGAAUAGCCGGCAACUGCUACAGAAAGGGACAUCAUCAUCUAAAGCAAAAGAACGAUGCAUUCUACUCGCCAUGGCCAUAUCGUCUUUGAAUUAUUGUUUUCAAAAUUAUAAUCUAGCCUAGUUUUAUAUACAAAGAACAGUAAAAAGUCAUGUCUUUUGUCUCAAUCGAAGAAACAUAUAUGCGUAAUUACUUUAAAGUCACUAAUCGGCUCAGACAACUAUUAUGUUUUGAAUAGUGCUACUAUCAACACCUCUAUAUGUAUUUUGCACUUAUGUCUUAUCAAAACUAAAUAUUUCCAGCUCUGCUAUAUCUAUC